CUAGAUGGUUGGACUGCAUAUAACUGUUCCCCUCUCAGACCUGUGUCAUUCCCACCUUCUACCAGCCCGCUGCCUUCAACCAGCCUGCUGCUCUCUACCGUCACCUCACCUUCACUAAACUUCAACAUGAGGUUCAAAUUCGUGCUGCUGGGUCUUUUGGCCUUCGUAUGUGCCACUUCAGGCUACGUUCUGAAGGACCAGGACGACGCACUUGGCGACACCGACGACCGUCUAGAACGGGUCGUCUUCGAAGACGACGAUGGGGACAGGGCCGAACAGAGCGAUUUUGGUGACACUGAAUUAUGGAGAAACAGCCUCGAAAAGCACGGACACGAAUAUGGUAGCCACAGCCACGAACAUUAUCAUCAUACCCAUAAAAGAAGAACGUCGACGACUACAACCACCACUCCAACCACUACUACCAAAAGUACCACCACCGCCGCCCCAGCUACCACCACCGCCGCCCCAACUACCACCACCGCCGCCCCAGCUACCUCCACAGAAACAUUUACCACCACCACCUCAUUUCCUCUGAAUCUCAACAUAACGACGAUGGUGCUGGAUAGUUCUGCAUGGAGCAAUGGGAGAUCACAUCGAAGCAAAAGAGAUACACAUGGCUACACAAAGCUGUUGUUUGAAGCAAAAUAUGAACAAGCGAAAUGUGGCUAA